AAAGGCUAUAAAUAGACUAGCAUUGUAUUUAUCUUGGCCUUCUUACAGUGGCGACGGGGAUAGGAUUUAGAAUUUUCAUCUUUGCGUCGUGCUGAGUAUUCUUCUAUGGUCCUGUCGUAUGAACUACAUAUGGAGUUACGUCAAAGCUUUAUUUUUAACUGUAAUGUUUGCGGUGCUCAGAUCGAAACUCGAUGGCAUUGUAAUGAGUGUGAAGAAUAUGACUUGUGCUCUCGUUGUUAUAAGACAGAAAAUCAUCCACAUCCUAUGGUUCAGUAUGGUCUUGGCAUAGAUGAAGAUUCAGGCUCAAAUGAAGAAGCAGGUGAUAGACCCAGUGGCGCUGGUGCCACACCUGAUCGUCGAAACAGCAUAGACGGAUGUUUAAGGUCCUUACUUCAUGCUUGCCAGUGCCGGGACGUAAAUUGUCGCAUGCAGACUUGUGCUCAGAUGAAACGAGUUUUAUGCCAUACUCGAAACUGUACCAAAAAAGCAACCAAUAGUUGUCCGCUUUGUGAACAGCUGUUGUCACUGCUAUGGAACCACGCUCGAAACUGUGUCGAUUCUAAGUGCCCUGUUCCUUUCUGCUCAAACAUAAAGUAUAGAGUUAAACAGAAGCAGUUGCAGCAGCGGUUGCAACAAAAUAAGUUGCUCAGACGUCGUAUUUCUACAAUGCAUCGAGGAGCACUAGACUAGCAUUGUAUUUAUCUUUGCCUUCAAGCCUUCUUUGCCUUGGCUUUCGCCAUCACCUCCAGCUUCUUUUUCCUUGCUAUUUUGGAAUACAAUCCUUCCUGUUCAA